CAACUUUUGAAACUUUAAAACUUCUCCCAGCAAAUCCCACUCUCUACAAUUCCGCUCUCCAAAUCCUUCCCUUUCUAACUUUUCCAAAUCCCCAAAUUCCUGAGCUCUGAUUCUCCGCCAUGGGAACCUCCCAGAGCCGCGAGGACUACAUCUCCGACUCCGACGACUACAAAGAGGAGGAGGAAGAAGAAGAACGAUCCGACGAUACAGAAGAGUACCAAGACGCUCGAGAGAAACAGCCCACCCCAAUCGGCGAUCUCGACGCCAAGCUUAAAGCCUUGAAGCUCAAGUACGGUACUCCUUCCUCUUCCUCCUCCUCCACCUCAUCGCCCGCCGUCUCACAUAACGCCGUCAAGCUCUACCUCCACAUCGGCGGCAACGCUCCCAGCGCCAAGUGGAUCGUCUCCAACAAGCUCACCUCCUUCUCCUUCGUCAAGACCUCCAACGUCGACGGCGACAGCGACGACGACGACGACUACGAGGGCUCGUCGGACGGUAAAGGACAGUGGAUUCUCAAGGUUGGUGGCAAGGUCCGAGCUAGGGUUUCCACCGACAUGCAAUUGAAGAUGUUCGGCGAUCAGCGACGUGUGGAUUUCGUGUCUAGAGGCGUCUGGGCCCUGAAAUUCUUCACCGACGAGCAGUACCGGAGAUUCGUCACCGAAUUUCAGGACUGCUUUUUUGAGAACUUGCACGGGCUUAAGGCGACGGAGGAGAACAAGGUCAAGAUUUACGGUAAGGAGUUUUUGGGGUGGGUGAAGCCGGAGGCGGCGGACGACUCGGCGUGGGAGUAUGCCGACGAUUAUGACAUGGCCGCCAGGAGCCCCAAUUCGGUGACGCCGGUCCGCUCCAACCAGCAAUUGAUGGAGGAGUUUGAGGAGGCUGCGAAUGGAGGUGUUCAGAGCUUGACGCUUGGUGCAUUGGAUAAUAGUUUCUUGGUGAAUGAUUCUGGUGUUCAGGUGUAUAGGAAUUUCAGAGAUGGGAUUCAUGGGAAGGGUGUGGUUGCGAAAUUCGACAGUGGGGGUGGUUCGAAAUCGACACCGAAGAAGGCUCUGCUUCUGAGGGGGGAGACUAAUAUGAUGCUUAUGAGUCCACUGAAGGAGGGAAAGCCUCAGGCAAAUGGGCUUCAGCAGCUGGACAUUGAGACUGGGAAGAUUGUCACGGAAUGGAAGUUUGAGAAGGAUGGGACAGAGAUUACAAUGAGGGAUAUCACCAAUGACACUAAGGAGUCGCAAUUGGAUCCUUCUGAGUCGACAUUUCUGGGUUUGGAUGAUAACAGGCUUUGCCAGUGGGAUAUGCGUGAACGCAGAGGAAUGGUUCAGAACAUUGCUAGUUUGAAUUCGCCGGUGCUGCAGUGGUCUCAGGGGCAUCAGUUUUCUCGUGGGACCAAUUUUCAGUGCUUUGCUACUACUGGAGAUGGGUCUAUUGUUGUUGGGUCUCUGGAUGGGAAGAUACGCUUGUAUUCAAAGACCUCUAUGAGGCAGGCAAAGACUGCUUUCCCAGGGCUGGGUUCCCCCAUUACUCAUGUUGAUGUGACUUAUGAUGGGAAGUGGGUGUUGGGUACAACUGACACUUACUUGGUCCUUAUAUGCACUCUCUUCACUGACAAAGAUGGAAAGACCAAGACUGGGUUUAGUGGUAGAAUGGGAAACAAGAUACCAGCUCCCAGGUUGUUGAAGCUGAUCCCUCUGGACUCACAUUUGGCUGGUGCAGACAAUAAGUUUCAUGGAGGCCACUUCUCAUGGGUCACUGAAAGUGGUAAACAAGAGCGUCACCUUGUUGCAACAGUGGGAAAGUUCAGUGUGAUAUGGGAUUUCCAGCAGGUGAAGAAUAGUGCCCAUGAAUGUUACAGGAAUCAGCAAGGCCUCAAGAGUUGUUACUGCUACAAGAUCCUUUUGAAGGACGAGUCCAUUGUGGAGAGCCGUUUCAUGCACGAUAAGUAUGCUGUCAGUGACUCCCCUGAAGCUCCUCUGGUGGUGGCAACCCCGAUGAAAGUCAGCUCGAUCAGUCUCUCUGGCAAAAGAUGAUCUCUUUGUAUAUGUUAACAUUUUCUGUUAGUGUUGUGCAUACUAAAUUGCUCUAGCUAGUGCUAAGUUUCUGCUGCUUUGUUACGGAUCAUUAGAUUUGUUCUUGCCUCGUAGUUCUAAGCUUCUCUUUGUACCUAUUUGAGUUUUUUAUCAAGCGCUUUUUCACACUUACGAAAUAUGGUGUUUUAUCGAUGGUUCUAUAAGUUUGUAUAAUUGAAUAUGAUGAAAUCUACAGUGAUGAUAUUGAAAUUGAA